UGCCCAUCCACGGUUCCAGAUGAACACUCGACGUCCGUCCACCAUGGAUACGAUACGGCUGCUCGUGGUGGGCGUGUGUUUGGUGACGUGGGCGGCGCCUGUGCAAGCAAGGGCGCAAGGAUACCGGUAUUCGUCGCCUGAGGAUGACCGGUCGUUAGGCAGCGACGAAGACUAUGACGACCCAAGUUAUGCCUUCAGGUACGACGUCGAGGACACCUACUCCGGCAACUUCUUCGGGCACUACGAGACACGCGAAGGAGACGACACCGACGGCGGCUACUACGUCCUCCUUCCCGACGGUCGCAGGCAGAAAGUCAUUUACGAAGUCGAGGGGGACUCCGGUUUCCUCUCGCAGGUGACUUACGAAGGGGAUGCCGGAACCUACUUCAGCACCUUCAACCACGGCCAUAGAGGAGUCGGAGGAGGGAGAGGAGUUGGAGGAGGAGCGGGUUCCUUUGGAGGCAGGAUUACUUCUGGAGGAGGAGCAGGAGGAGGAAGAGGAGUUGGAGGAGGAGGGUUCGGAGUCUCCGGUUUUGCGUCGGGAAGAGGAGUAGGAGGAGGUGCUGGUUUUACUUCCUCAGGAGGGGUUCAAGUAGGUGGUGGUGGCGAGGGUGAAGGUGAAGAAGGAGAGGAACAAGAGGGUGGAGAAGGUGGAGAGGGAGCCGGAAGAGCAGAAGCUGUCGUGAGCCAAACAGGACCUGCAGUUGGAAGUGGGGCGAGUGUCGCUGUCCAUCAUGUUGGAGAUGGAGUUGGCGGAGGUGGAGCCGGAUUUGCUACUGGAGGAGGAGUUGGCGCAGGUGGAGCUAGCUUUGCUGCUCAUACUGCUGGUGGAGUAGGUGCAGGUGGAGCUGGAUUUGCUACUGGAGGUUGGGCAGGUGGAGCAGGAUUUGCCACUGGAGGAGGAGUUGGCGCAGGUGGAGCUAGCUUUGCUGCUCACACCGCUGGUGGAGUAGGUGCAGGUGGAGCCGGAUUUGCUACUGGAGGAGUAGGCACAAGUGGAGCUGGAUUUGCCACUGGAGGUGGAGUAGGCACAAGUGGAGCCGGAUUUGCCACUGGAGGUGGAGUUGGCGCAGGUGGAGCUGGAUUUGCUGCUCAAACUGCUGUUGGUGGUGCCGGAUUUGCCACUGGAGGUGCAGGUGGAGCCGGAUUUGCCACUGGAGGUGGAGUGGGCACAAGUGGAGCCGGAUUUGCUACUGGAGGUGCAGGUGGAGCCGGAUUUGCUACUGGAGGUGGAUUAGGUGCAGGUGGAGCCGGAUUUGCCACUGGAGGUGCAGGUGGAGCCGGAUUUGCCACUGGAGGUGGAGUGGGCACAGGUGGAGCUGGAUUUGCUACUGGAGGCGCAGGUGGAGCCGGAUUUGCUGCUCAUACCGCUGGUGGAGUAGGUGCAGGUGGACCUGGCUUUGCUGCUCAAACUGCUGUUGGUGGUGCCGGUUUUGCUGCUGGAGGUGGAGCAGGUGGAGGAGUGGGUGUUCAUCAGAUUGGAGGUGGUGCUGGAGGAACAAGUGUGACUGUCCAUCACACUGGACCAGGUGGAGCUUCACUUAUUGGUCAACAAGCCGGUGGAGUAGGAGCAGUGGUUCACCAGACAGGAGGCGGACUUGGUGCCGGUGUAACUGUUCACCAGACAGGAGGUGGUGCUGGCUUUGGCGUUCAAACUGGAGGUGCAGCAGGUUUAGGUGGUACCAGGGUAACUGUCCACCAAUCUGGAGGUGGAGCUGGUUUUGGGGUUCAAACUGGAGGUGGUGUGGGUGGUGCUGGAGUUACAGUUCAUCAUACUGGAGCUGGAGCUGGGUUUGGCACUCAGACUGGUGGAGGUGCCUUUGCUUCUCAACAAACAGGAGGGCUAGCUACUUCUGGUGUCCACCAGACUGGAGGAACCUCACUGUCCUUUGGUAGUGGCAGCCCUGGCGGCAUUUCUGUUCAUCAUUCUGGUUCCCCGACUAGUGCUGGAGUCACCCCCGGCCCUGUGGCAAGUGCCUUGGUCUCUGGCCCUACCUUUGGAGCAGGUAACCAGGUAUCAGUAGGUCAGGCAGGUGUGGGUGGUGUUGCUACUGGUUUUACAGGCACCCAGGGAACUGCAGCAUUUGGUGGAAGUGCUCAGGGAGGCUUUGGCGGUCUUGGAGGAGUCCAGGGAGGGAUAGGGUUUGGAGCUGGCCAAGGAGCAGGAGUUGGUGCUACCCAGGGUGUAGGAUUUGGAGGUCAAGGAGCAGGAGUUGGAGGCUUUGCUGGCAGUGCUCAGGGAGGAAUCGGCUUUGGAGGUGGACGAGAGGCAGGAUUUGGAGCGACACAAGUCAGUAUUGGAGGUAGCCAUGGAGCUGGAUUUGGAGGUGGUACGGCAGCACCAGGAUUCGCAGGCGCCCAGGGUGGAGUAGGAUUCGAAAGUGGUCAAGGAGCCAUAGGAUUUGGUAGUACCCAAAGUGGAGUAGGAUUCGGAACUACACAAAUUAGUGUUGGAGGUGCCCAAGGAUCAGGAUUUGGAACUACAAGUGCCCAAGCUCUGACAUCUGGUUUUGGAGGGGGUGUUUCAGUGACUCCAUCUAGUGUAACUCCCACAGCAAGUCCUUUUGUAUCUACACCAAGUCCUGUAAGUCAUUCUGUGACUCCUCCUGGUGUAACUCCUGCAAGUCCCUUUUUAUCUAGUACAGGCUUUUCCGUAACUCCUUCAAGUGUCUCCCCCACAGCAAGUCCUCUAGUAUCUGUUUCAGUGACUCCCCACAGUGUAACUCCCACACCAUUUACUCCGGGUCCUGGAGGUGUUUCAGUGACUCCCCACAGUGUAACUCCCGCACCAUUUACUCCGGGUCCUGGAGGUGUUUCAGUGACUCCCCACAGUGUAACUCCCGCACCAUUUACUCCGGGUCCUGGAGGUGUUUCAGUGACUCCCCACAGUGUAACUCCUGCACCAUUUACUCCGGGUUCUGGGGGAGGUUUUUCAGUGACACCUAGUAUAACUCCUAUAAUUCCUACAGAAAGUCCAUUUGUAUCCAGCACACACUUUUCUGUGACAACUCCAAGUCCUCCAGUAACUGGUGGUGGCUUUUCCGUAACUUCUCCAAGUGUAACUCCUACAGGAAGUCCUUUCGUGUCCAGCACUAGCUUUUCCGUGACUCCUUCUAGUAUAACCCCCACAGCAAGCCCUCUUGUUUCUGGAGGAGACGUUGGAGGAGUUAGCCAAGUCAGUUUUCACUCAGGAGCAGCCAGUGGUGGGUUUGACAUCCCUGGAUUUAGUGCUGGCAUCGCAUCGCAGGGCUCAGUUCCCUUCUCGAACAGAGUGGAUGACGUGGCCAUUCAAGCAGGAGGCAUUGGCAGCGGACAAGCAGGAGCAGGAUUUGGAGGACAAUCAAUAGGAUUUGUUGGACAAACAACAGGAUUUGGAGGACAAGAAGUAGGAUUUGGAGGACCACCAGCAGGAUUUGGAGGACCACCAGCAGGAUUUGGAGGACCACCAGCAGGAUUUGGAGGACCACCAGCAGGAUUUGGUGGUCAAGGAUUUGCAGGUGGAGAAGUAGGUGCUGGAUUUGGAGGACAAGCAGGAGCAGGAUUUGGAGGACAAGAAAUAGGAUUUGGUGACCAAGCAGGCUUUGGAGGUGGCCAGAGUUUCACAAGUGGACCCAUAGCAAGCCCUUUGGUAUCUGAUCCUUCAUUUGGAGCUGGCCAGGCAGGACCAGGCUUUGACGUCGGUCCUGGACCCGGCUUUGGCGCACAAGAUGCAGGGUUUGGAGGUGGCCAGAGUUUCACAAGUGGACCCAUAGCAAGCCCUUUGGUAUCUGAUCCUUCAUUUGGAGCUGGCCAGGCUGGACCAGGCUUUGACGUCGGUCCUGGACCCGGCUUUGGCGCACAAGAUGCAGGGUUUGGAGGUGGCCAGAGUUUCACAAGUGGACCCAUAGCAAGCCCUUUGGUAUCUGAUCCUUCAUUUGGAGCUGGCCAGGCAGGACCAGGCUUUGACGUCGGUCCUGGACCCGGCUUUGGCGCACAAGAUGCAGGGUUUGGAGGUGGCCAGAGUUUCACAAGUGGACCCAUAGCAAGCCCCUUGGUAUCUGAUCCUUCAUUUGGAGCUGGCCAGGCUGGACCAGGCUUUGACGUCGGUCCUGGACCCGGAUUUGGCGGCGGUCAAGGAGGGUUUGUAGACAAUCAGAUUUCCUUUGGAGGUGAUCCAGGAUUCAUCGGCGGCCAGCCAGAUCUUGGUGCUGGAGUGAGCUUUGGCCCUGUGACACCUGAGCCUAUUUUUGAGGGUGGCCAGGCUGGACCAGGAUUUGGAGCAGGAGCAGGAUUCGGUGAUGCUCAAGCUAGAUUUAGGACUGACCUGGGGUUUGAAGUGGGUCCAGGAUUCGGAGGUGGUCCAGGACUCGUUGCUGGCCAUGCGGGUCCAGGAUUUGGCGGAGGCCCAGCAGAAGUAAACUUUGAUGGCACUCUGAAUAUAGACAUUGGAGGAGGCCCGGGAGGUGCAGGAUUUGCAGGUGGUCAAGCAGGGUUUGCAAGCAAUCAGAUAGGAAUUGGAGGUGGUCCAGGAUUUCCAGUGGGCCCUACAGCAAGUCCCUUAAUUGCCGAUCCAUCAUUCGCCGCAAGCGGAGGCCAAGGGGCGGCUGCCGCAUUUGGCCACUCUGCCGGUGGACUGGGGGCUCCAUUUGAUGGCCAGUUCGCAGGGCCUGGCGGAGGCUUCGGCUUUGGCCCCGGACCCGUUGCGAAUGCCUUGAUCUCGGCUCCAAUUCUCAGCUCAGAGCAGGUUGCAAGUCAAGGCUUCAUUGGCAACCAACUAGGCAGCGCAGGCGUUGCUGCCAGAAGCAACUUGGCUGGCCCUACGGUGGAGUUCCAGAUCGGCCAGCCCCUCGCAGCUGCAACCGUGAGGGGGGCGCCCGCGACCUCGCAAGCUGGCGUCCUCUCGAGCCUGGUCAACGCAAACCAACCGGCGCUCCACCUGAUCCCCGCCCAGUCCAUCAUCCCAAUCGGCCAGGUAGCGCAAGCCUAAUCGGGAAGAGCUUGUCAGGAGUAGACGCAGCCCAUUACAGUCUAUUCCCUGAUAAGGUCGCACCGGCUUGUCAGUUUUCCUUAUAAUUUUAUACAUAUUUUUCCCUCCCUUUAUCUCUGAAUGCUUCGCUUCACUGGCACUCAUAUCAGUUUAGGUUUUCCCCCCCGAGUCCUGCAGCGCGUGCCAGUGACAGCGGGAGCGUUCGCGAAUUUUACAAACUUCUACAAAAGCUUCGAGAAAGUUGGGAUUCUAAUCAACUAACUUGUGCCACCCCCCCCCCCCGUCCCCGUCCCCCACUCAUUUUCCCGGAAUACGCCAAGUUAUCAACAAAAGAAACUGUGGAACUUAGUCACUAAUAACAAUGUCCUUUUUCUUGAAGUACUGAACUGUAACAUGGUGUUACACAUUUACUGUAUGUAUUUAGUUAGAAUGUUGUUACCUCGUUAUUUUGUACAUAUGUAAGAGUUAUACUUUAUUUUGUUUACAUUUUUUCUAGUUUUAUAAUCAAGAUUUUACAAAGGUUGCUUUUUGAAUAAAAAAGUAUUUUUUC